AUGGUGUUGCGGAGUGUUAGGCAAAGGAUGUUCAAGUUGAAUGACUUGGUCUUGAGGAAGGUGGUUGUGUCCUGCCAAAAACAAAAAAGAAGCUUGGCGACAAGUUAUGGACGACUUGGAAAGACUGAACUGGUUUUUGAAGUUGAAAUGGAUUAUUCUAUUCUUCUAUUGUGCAAAUAUGGAUCCUAUAGUCUUGUUGUUAAGGUGACAGAAGGCUAUCAAUUUGACGAUCUUAUUGGAAGUAUUUCUAACAAGUGGAAUGGUUUGGUAUCAAUGAGGUUGUUGUAUUCUGUUUGUGAUCAUCGUAAUAUACUCCUUGAGAAUGAUGAUGAUUUUUGUAAUAUGAUGGAUUUAGCUGCUGCAUAUGGUGCUCGUUGUGUCGAGGUAUCAGUUGAAGAUGGUAAUUGUAGAAUUAGGAGCCGUUUUGAAAUUGGUGAAAGCAGUAGUAGCAAUGGAAAUGGUGGAGUAACUAGUAGUUCACAUUCUGAAAUUGUUGAGGAUCCUCUUGAAAAGUUUUGUCCUCAUCAUGAGACAAAAAGACUUUCUGCUGAUUGGGCGUAUUUGAUUAGUCAUGUUGGUCAAGAAUUUGGAGGUGGUGUUAAGGAUUUUAGGUUAUCUUUGUGUAAGUAUGCAAUUGAAGUUGGAUUCAGGUUCAAGUAUUUGAAGAAUGACCAAUCAAGAGUGACAACUGAGUGUGCUUUUAAGGCAGAUGGGUGUAAAUGGUUUGUUCAUGCAAUUCUAGACAAAUCAAAUCAAUUUUUUUGCAUUAAGGUGCUUGAAAAAGAACACAGAUGUGGUGCUACAAUUUGUAAUUCAAAAAAUUCUCGGAUGUCUUCAAAGCUUGUUGCAGAAGAAGUUCGUGAUGAAGUUCGUUCAAAGGCGUCGUAUAAGCCUAUAGAUGCUGUUAGAUUCUUCAGACAACGAUACGGUACUACAAUCGGUUAUCACCAUGCAUGGUUAGGUGUUGAGAUGGCGAACAAUGAUACUCAAGGUGAUUAUGCAUUGUCAUUUAACAAACUUCGAUUGUAUGCGGAGGUAGCGAAGGAGAAAAAUCCCGGUAGUGUUGUGGACGUUGAAUGCUGUGAAGAUAAUCGGUUUCGAAGGUUAUUUGUGGCAUUCGAUGCAUGCAUCAAAGGAUUCAACUACUGUCGGCCUUUUUUGUGUCUUGAUGGUACUUUUUUGACAGGGAGAUAUAAGGGAACUGUGCUCGCAGCUGUGGGGAAGGAUGCUGAUAACGGCUUGUUUUCGGUUGCUUAUGCUGUUGUUGAUUCCGAGACCGACGAUAAUUGGCUUUGGUUUUUGUUGAAGUUGAGAUCUAUUCUGUCAGCUCGUGAACUUACUUUCAUAACAGAUCGCCAUACUGGUCUUGUGAAGCAUGUGCCAGAGGUUUUCUCAAACGGAUAUCAUUCUUAUUGUCUGCAGCAUUUGAAGAAUAACUUGAGGGAUAAGAUGUCAGGAAGAGCACCUAAUGGUUUUCGGGAACGAGUAGUGAGUCUCUUCAAUGAUUGUGCUCUUGCUCCUACAGUAUUAGAUUUUAAAAACUGUGUAAACGAAUUGUUUGAGGUCGGUGGAGACAGAGCUAAGGAGUUUGUUGCUUCCAUUCCGGUGUAUAAUUGGGCAAAUGCAUAUUUCCCAAGUAAACGAUAUGGGGAAAUGACCUCAAAUGCUGUGGAGUCUUUCAACAACUGGAUUGUUGAAGCUCACUAGGAGGCCACGUGGUAGACCCAAGGUUGCAAGAAUCCGGUCAAGGGGUGAGAAGGUGAGGCAAAUAAGGUGUGGCAGGUGCAAGAAGUUAGGAAAUCAUAAUAGGAAGAGAUGUAAGGAAGCUUGUGAUUGAUUCAUUGUGUUCUAUUGUUGAUUCAUAUUCAUUGGACAUUGAAUGAAAGGUUGAACGUUGGCUGAGAUAUUGA